AUGGUAGCGAAUGUAUUAGUUGCAACAAGGAUAAACAAAGGUUCUGAAGAAGUACAACCUAAGAUGUGUGACAGUUGGUAUAUUGAUGUGUAUAGAGAGAGAUAUGUUCAAGAAAUAAUAUUUCCAGAUAAUUACCCAUUGCAACAAUUAAGAGAAAAACUAAAAGAAAUUCAACAAAUACUUGAAGAACAGAAUCUUUGGCUAGUUGAAGGCAUAAAUUUGGUAUAUAACCAGUGUGCUAAAAGAAGUGAUGAAAAAAAUAAAAAUUAUUUUGAAGAAUUAAAUUGCUGUGCACAAAAAAUCAUUUCAUUACAGCUGGACUUCUGUGAACAGCAGUCAAUAUUAGAAGAGGUCAUUGUUAAAAAAGGUCAUAUUUUUGAACAAUUCAUUGUGAAUAUAACUUUAUUAAAUGAUGUUGUAAUUUCGCCAAAUUGGAACUUAGAGCAUUAUGUAGUUAUAAUUAUAAUGACCUACUAA